UUCAAUACAAUAAUAAAGAGAGUAUGCUUUCUCAUAAAACAAUAUCAAUCAAAUUUAUCCUCAUUGUUCUUUUAUGUAUGUUUGUUUCAGGAGAUGCAGAAGUGAGAUGCAUAGAGAGCGAGAGAGAAGCUCUUCUAAGCUUCAAAAAUGGCCUCAUCGACGAAGAUGGUAUUCUCUCGUCGUGGAAAAGCAACGAAUGCUGCGAAUGGCAUGGUGUUGGGUGCAGCACCACCACAAGCCAUGUCACCACCCUCAAACUUAGUGGUCUUGAUAAUGGUGGUGUAUUGAAAGGUGAUGUUCAUUCUUCAUUGCUCGAGUUGCAUCAUUUAAAUCGUCUUGACCUCAGUCAUAAUGAUUUUGGAGGCAUUCCGAUCCCAGAAUUCAUUGGUUCCAUGAAACAAUUACAUCACUUGUUUCUUAAACAUUCUAACUUUUCCGGGAACAUUCCUCCUCAGUUAGGGAACCUUACCAACUUACGCUCACUAGAUCUCUCAUAUAACUCUUUGAGUUCUACAUCUCAUUCCAUACUUGGUUCUGUAUUCGAAUCACUCGAAAUACUAGACUUGUCGUAUAAUCAACUCAUUGGAUCCAUCCCUGACCUAAGUGCAUUUUCUUCAUUGACACAACUGAACCUUUCGGCGAAUAACUUUAUAGGUUCCAUUCCUCUAAGUAUAAGCCAACUCUCAGAGCUUCAAGUUCUAGAUCUUUCUCAUAAUUCUUUGGAAGGUUUAGUCUCUGCAUCCCACUUCAUCAAGCUUUAUAAGUUAAAGACACUUGACUUAUCCAUCAAUUCAUUGACCUUUGACAUUCCCCUUGAUUGGAGUCCUCCUUUUCAGUUGGAAAGUUUAUCUUUAGGCGGGUGCAACGCGGGCCUGUAUUUCCCAAAAUGGAUUCGAACUCAGAGGAAUUUGGUUUCCCUUGAUCUCAGUCGUGCCAAUAUAACAGAUGAAGCCCCGUGGUGGUUGUGGAGUACGUUUUCCUCAUUAGGAAACUUGGAUCUCUCCGACAAUCAAAUAAGUGGUGCAAUUCCGAAUCUCUCAUCCACCUCCAUCCGUUACAUGGAUCUUCGUAACAAUCAAUUCUCAGGCCCUAUUCCGUUAUUUUCUAGAGUUGCUUCCGAUAUUUUUUUGUCUGGAAAUAUGUUAUCCGGUUCAAUUUCAUCGAUUUGCAAAACUAGCAAUGAUAAGCUUCAAACCCUUGUCCUCUCUAAUAAUCAGUUGUCAGGAGAGGUUCCCGACUGCUGGGAGAAUAUGCCCAACUUGGAGUCCCUCGACUUGGCUAACAACAAUUUUUCAGGUGAAAUCCCUCGCUCUUUUGGCAACUUAGACCACCUCGUUGUACUGCAGAUCCGCGAUAAUCACUUAUCCGGUGAGUUGCCUUACAGUUUGAGAUUUUGCCAGGAAUUGUAUUUAAUUGAUAUUGAAGGGAACAAGUUAACCGGAGAGAUCCCCACUUGGAUUGGUGAGUUAUACAACUUGCGUUAUCUAAACUUUCGUGGAAAUAAAUUGCAUGGCAUUAUUCCUCCCCAGAUAUGCCACCUUACUAAUAUUCAAGCUCUGGAUUUGUCGAUAAACAAUCUGUCUUCGAAAAUACCUGAUUGCUUCAAUAAUUAUACUCUCUUGAAAACUACCGAUCCAUAUCUUUCUGCUCCAACAUAUCCAAAUAGUACGACGGUAAAUAAGCUCUAUGGAUAUUCAUCGUUUCAAUGGAAAGGUAAGGAAUUCGAAUGCAAGGAAAAUCUCAAUCUUCUCAAGCUCAUUGAUUUUUCAAGCAAUAGAUUGACUGGGAACAUUCCCAAAUCAAUUUCCAGUAUGAGGGGAUUAAAAUCAUUGAAUCUAUCAAGAAAUAGUUUAACGGGAUAUAUAACUCCAGAUAUUGGUAAACUAGAGAUGUUAAAUUCUCUUGAUCUAUCACACAACCAACUGUCGGGCAAGAUACCUACAAGUUUGGGAGAAGUAUACUCUCUAGGUGUUCUUGAUUUGUCAAGCAACAAUUUUUGUGGAAAAAUUCCAACGAGUACCCAACUUCAGAGCUUCAAUGCUUCGGCUUAUGCCAGGAAUGUUGGACUCUGUGGUGACCCUCUCCCAAAGUGCCUCGAAGAUAGCUUGAGGCCAUCCACCACAAAUCUAGGGGUACACAUGAAUGAGAGAGACGGCAACAACUUCUCGUUUAUGGAAGAAGUUGGCAUAUCAAUGGCCUUUGGUUUUAUCUUUGGAUUUUGGGGAAUUGUUGGUUCAUUCAUAGUGAAGAAAUCAUGGAGAAUUGCAUUCUUCAACUUAUUAGAUGAUGCUGCAAAUUGGCUCUAUGUCAAGAUUGUUGUGUUUGUAUCCAAAUGGAGAUGAAGCUAAAAUACUCAGAGGUGGACAAGCUCGUGGAUAGUAGAAGAAAGGAUGAAGAGUUAUGUUGCUUAUAGAUGGUUUUGGUACUUGAAUUAUAGUACAUGGCCUAAGUGUUUUUCCUAAGUUCAUCAAUAUUUGUCAUGUAUUUUAAUUAAUGACCAUGUAAUAGUGCAUGUAGUUUGCUACUAUUUCCUAAUUAAGUGUUUUCCCAAUUUUAUCAA